AUGUAUCAGAUUUCAAAUAUUUACGUACUCGCCGCGUUUGGCACCAUCGGCGGAGCCUUGUUUGGAUUCGAUGUCAGUUCGAUGAGCGCGUGGAUUGGCGUCGAUACGUACAAUAACUAUUUCAAUCAUCCGAAUUCCAACCUUCAAGGCGGCAUCACCGCCUCUAUGUCUGCCGGAUCCUUUGCUGGAUCAAUCGCGGCAGGCUGGCUCUCUGACAUCCUUGGCCGACGUGGUGCACUGAUGAUUGCAUCUCUCGUAUGGAUUGUUGGCGCUAUGGUGCAAUGCAGUGCUCAGAACGUCACUCACCUCGUCGCCGGUCGUGUCGUCAGCGGCCUCGCCGUUGGUGUGACUUCGUCGCAGACCUGCGUCUAUCUGUCUGAACUCGCACCCGCCCGCAUCCGCGGUCGGGUGGUCGGGAUUCAGCAAUGGGCCAUCGAGUGGGGUAUUUUGAUCAUGUACCUGAUUGCAUACGGCUGUGCCGUGGGCGUCUCUGGCCCUGCUGCCUUCCGAAUCUGCUGGGGUAUCCAAGCCGUGCCGGGACUCAUUUUGUUCAUUGCUCUGUUCUUUUUCCCGGAAUCACCUCGGUGGCUGGCAGCGAAAGAGCGAUGGGAGGAGGCUCUGGAUGUGCUUGCCUUGAUUCACGGGAAGGGAGACCGCAAUGAUCCUGCGGUGCAGGUUGAGUUUGAAGAGGUCCAGGAGGCUGCGCGUAUUGCACACCAGUCUAAGGAUGUCUCUUUCCUUUCGCUCUUUGGUCCUCGUAUCUGGAAGCGUACCAUGUGCGGAAUGAGUGUGCAAAUGUGGCAACAAUUGCUCGGUGGUAACGUGGCCAUGUACUAUGUGGUGUAUAUCUUUGAGAUGGCUGGCCUGAGUGGCAACACAACGCUAUGGUCAUCGGCAAUCCAAUACGUUAUCUUCCUGGUCACAACAGGAGUCAUGCUCCCGUAUAUUGAUCGUGUCGGCCGCCGCAAGCUUCUGCUCUCUGGCUCGGUGAUCUGCAUGGUGAUUCACUUUAUCAUUGCCGGCGUUAUGGCUACCAAGGGAGAGUCAGUAACCAACGUCAACGGCAACUAUAACCUGACCUGGUCCAUCAAGGGAUCCCCUGGUAUGGCAGUGAUUGCAUUUUCAUACAUCUUCACGGGUGUCUACGGUUUCACCUGGGCCCCCACCGGCUGGAUCUACGCAUCCGAAGUUUUCCCCCUCAAGUACCGAGCCAAGGGCGUCGGUCUCUCCGCAUCCGCCAAUUGGAUCUUCAACUUUGCGCUCGCUUAUUUCGUCGCUCCGGCCUUCCACAACAUUCAAUGGAGGACGUACAUCAUCUUCGGUGUAUUCUGCUUCGCGAUGACGUUCCACGUCUUCUUCAUGUACCCCGAGACAGUGGGCCGAACUCUGGAAGAAGUCGACCUGGUGUUUGAUUCGAAUGCGAAGCCGUGGAAGACAAAUGCGAUUCCUGACCAGUUCGGAGAGCAGGUGGAGAGACAUAAGGCUCAGACCACGAAGGAGCAUCCUGAAACUGCUCAUCAGGAGGUUGUUUGA